GAGCAGUGAUGUUAACAUUGUGAAAAAAAUCGUUCACUGUGUCUUCAGUCAUCUUGCUGCCUGUUGGACAGAACAACCAUUUCUAUGAUCAGCUUAAAGAGACUGCAAACUGCAUCUAAAGAUAAAUAACUGCUCAUACAAACAUGAGAGACCGGCUGAAGCACCUCCAUCAGGCGCAGAUUGACUCUGAUGGUUUCACCACAGUGGAUCUGGAUGAUUUCUCAGCACAUGAGGGAUCAACAGCAUCAUCUACUGACCAGGACCUGGAUAGUGUCCUGCAGGAGGCCCAGGGGAUCCGUCUGGAGAUCCAGCAGAUCCAGAACGACAUCAGUGAGCUGAAAGAUGUGAACUACCAGGCACUGAACAAGAGCUCAAACCCUCUUGCUUCAAAGCGGGAUUCAAAUGCAAUCGGGGCAGAUAUCAAACGCAGGGGAGAGGCUGUGCUGCAGCGGCUGCACAUGAUGAACGCUCUCAUAAGGGAACUAGAAGACCAGCGUGGCAGCUCUGACCCCACAGCACGCAUUGCUCGAACACAGUACCAGUGUCUCAGCAAUGCCCUGCGGGAGGUGAUGUUCAGCUACAAUGACGCAGAGAUGGCCCACAGGGAUGCUUGUAAACGGCAGAUCCAGAGGCAGAUGGAGGUGGUGGGCAGGGAGGUCAGCGAGAAGGAGCUGGAGGAUAUGAUGGAGAGCGGGGAGCUGAACGUGUUCACUGCCCAGGUGGAGGGCAAAACGGCACGCUCGGCUUUCCUGGAGAUCAAGAGCCGACACAAGGAGCUGCUGGAGCUGGAGAAGAGGAUCGAGGGGAUCCAGCAGCUGUUCCUGGAUGUGGCUGUGCUUACGGAGGAGCAGGGUUUAGCCUUGGAAAACAUCCAGAAAAACGUCCAGAAUACUGGAGUGAUGGUUCAGCACGCUGUGUUUCAGCUGGACAGAGCCACUGCAUCUGAUAAAAACAACCCCUUUAAGAAGCUGUGUUGUGGCUGCUUUCCUUGUUAUAACAGUUAAAACUUAUUAGGACCCAGACCCAGUUAACUAGUCCAUGUUGUAAAAACUAAAAGAACAAUGCAUUAAAAUAUCCUUGGAGGGUGGCACAGACCUCCAUGUCCUCGUCAACAGUAUCCUGCCUCCUGUUAGGUACCAGAAUGAAAUCCUCAGAGCAACUGUCAGACCUUACACUGGUGCAGCGUGCCCUGGGUUCCUCCUGGUGCAGGACAGUUCCCGGCCUCAUGUGGCCAGAGUGUGUCUGCAGUUCCUGGGUGACAAAGGUAUGAUGCCAUCCAACUGAGCAGCUAUGGGACGUUAUGUAUCGUGCAUCUGAUGCUGUCAAGUACCUCCACAGACUGUCCAGGAGCUCACUGAUGCCCUGAUCCAGAUCUGGGAGGAGAUCCCCCAGGACACAUUUUUCAACUUCAAUAAUUCAUUCAUUUCGAUCUGAUGUGUGAUUUAAAUGUUCCUUUAAUUUUUUGAGCAGUGUAUUAUGAUAUGAAGUAUAGUAAAGCACUCAUAUGGUCAUUUUGUAGUAUUAUGAGUACUUUUAUUUUUGAUACUUUGAGUACAUUUUGCUGAAGAUACACACUUGCACUAAGUGAUAUUUUUAAUACGGGACUUUUACGUGUAAUGGAGUAUUUUCACUGUCUGCUACUUUUCCUAACAGCCACCAACUGGAUUUGAUGGCGAGAAUAUUUUGUCCAAGUGCUGUUUUCUGCUGUUAUUUUUAUGUCAUAUUGUUUUUAUGUUAGUGUUUCCCCCAUGUUUUCAUCCUGACAAUAAACUGUUGGACCCCUCAGAA